ACUAUAAAUAGAAGAUUCUAUAGUUAGGGAAGUAGAAAUCAUAGGAGCAAGGAAGGAUGAGGACUAGAGUGAUAGAAUCAACAAUGGUAAAACCAUUGAAAGAAACGCCGAGUGGGAUUGUGUGGCUCUCCAAUUUAGACUUAGUUUUCUCUGAUACCUACCAUAGCCGGGUGGUGUACUUCUACCGCCCCGAUGGCGGCUCCGGCUUCUUCGACACCGCGGCGCUCAAGGAAGCUCUGAGCCGCGCCCUUGUUGAGUUCUACCCGUAUGCGGGCAGGCUGAGAAAGGACGACAGCGGCCGCAUUGAGAUCAACUGCAACGAUGAGGGAGUGUCUUUCGUGGAGGCAGAGUGCGACGGCACCAUCGAUGAGUUGGGUGAUUUCUGCAUCCCCAGGCCUGACCUCGGCCUCACCCCCACCGUCGAUUACUCCAAUGGAAUUUCCACUUUUCCACUUCUUCUGCUCAAGUUGACUCGGUUUAAAUGCGGCGGAGCGAGCAUAGGUUUGGCAAAUGAGCAUCACACAUCAGACGGGAUUUCCGCAAACAAUUUGAUGCGCACGUGGUCGGAAAUCGCUCGCGGCAUAGCCACCGUCCCUACUGUCUCCUUGGACCGGCGCGUCCUCUCAGCGCGCAGCCCCCCGCAGCCCCAGUUCCCCCACAUCGAGCACCAUCCCCCUCCGUCGCUCAAAACCCCUCUCGACGACGCCGCCGGUGACCCAACAUUCUCCACAUUCAAGCUAAGCCGCGACUUCAUCAACGCCCUCAAGAAAAAGUGCAAUGAGAGCAGCGGCGGUGUGAAUUAUACCAUGUACGAGGUGGUGGCGGGGCACGUGUGGCGCUGCGUGAGCAUUGCCCGCGGCCUGCCAAGGGAUCAGGAGACGAAGCUGCAGUUCCCGGUGGAUGCGAGGCAGAGGCUGCGCCCGCCUCUCCCGCCGGGGUAUUUCGGCAACGGGAUCUUCUAUAGUGGCGCAUUUGCUUUGGUUGGGGAACUGGUGUCGAAGCCGUUGAGGUUCUCGGUGGAGACAGUGCACGAGGCAAUCGCUCGAAUGGACGACGAAUACAUGAGGUCUGCUUUGGACUACUUAGAGUUGUACAUGAGGAAUGUGGAGGGCAUUGUUCGCAGCCAAAACAAUGUGAAAUGCCCCAAUUUCGGGGUAACGAGCUGGGUAAGGCUGCCGGUUCACAAGGCGGAAUUCGGGUUGGGGAAGCCUGUUUUUGUGGGUCCCGGGGGAGCUCUCUCGGAAGGAAAGAGUUUUCUGUAUCCUGAUCAAGAAAAUGAAGGGAUCUUGUUGCUUGCGAUCACGCUGCACCAACAACAUAUGGAGCGAUUCGAAAAGUUGCUAUACGACAAAGAUUCAUGCCUCAUUCCAGAAAUUUCACCUUUUGGUUAAUAUGUGCCUGUGUCGGUAUGAGAGAGUGUGUGGCGUGUAAUCAAUAAUUGCAUGUGUAGUGUGCAUUCGGUGAACGUAUGUGUGUGGUGCAGUACGUAUAUUAAAGUGAUAUGAUGUGUGUGACACGUGCACUUUCUAUUCAACGAGGUCGUGUCGAAUUCAAUUUCCUUUGAAUUCAAUUUCAUAUUUCUAAUUUCAGUUUAAUUUCAAUUCUUAUACUUUUGCCUAA